CAAAAUUUAUCCUUCAUCUUCCUCCGACUCCUCGACGGGCGUGUAGGGUCAGUAGACCAUGCGCAAGCAACUAGAUCCUCGCAUACCAAUAUUGAUCAACAACAAUGUCAAGAAAAACCACAGGUCCUUCGUAGUAUUGGUCGGAGACAAGGGCAGGGACCAAAUCGUCAACCUUCAUUUUUUACUGUCACAAGCUAGGGUCUCUGCCCGUCCGUCAGUACUUUGGUGCUACAAAAAGGAGCUCGGAUUCACCACCCAUCGAAAGAAACGAGAGGCAAAAAUCAAAAGAGAUGUCAAACGCGGUAUCCGUGAACCAAACGACCAAAAUCCUUUUGAAAUCUUCGUGACGGUGACCGACAUCCGGUAUACGUACUACAAGGAGUCGCAUAAAAUUCUCGGAAACACCUAUGGCAUGUGUGUACUGCAGGAUUUCGAGGCCAUAACACCGAAUCUUCUAGCACGGACGAUUGAAACGGUCGAAGGUGGUGGCUUGGUGGUGCUUCUGCUAAAGACGAUGACUUCCCUUCGACAAUUGUACUCCAUGACUAUGGAUAUCCAUUCAAGAUAUCGAACUUCAUCUCACGACGCAGUUACUGCCCGUUUCAACGAGCGCUUCAUCCUCUCACUAGGAUCAUGUCCUGACUGCCUUUUUCUUGACGAUGAACUGAACGUUCUGCCCAUUUCUCGCGGGAAGGAUAUCUCGCCUUAUACUCCCCCAUCUGAAGAAGCCUCGUCUUCCGAAUUGCAGGAGCUAAAGUCGUCAUUAUCCUCUACCAAACCAGCCGGUGAUCUCGUUCAGCUCACAAAGACACUUGACCAAGCCCAAGCCAUCCUUACGUUUAUCGAAGCUAUUGCUGAAAAGACCUUGUCGUCAACAGUGACGCUCACAGCUGGACGGGGUCGCGGGAAGAGUGCUGCACUGGGACUAGGCAUUGCCGCUGCCCUUGCUCAUGGAUAUUCCAACAUAUUUGUUACCAGUCCCAGCCCGGAAAAUUUGAAGACUGUUUUUGAAUUCGUAUUCAAGGGCAUGGAUGCACUUGGUUAUGAAGAGCACCUCGACUAUGAUAUCGCGCAGAGUACUAAUCCAGAUUUCAACAAUGCGAUUGUGAGAGUGAACGUCUUCAAGGACCAUCGACAGACAAUCCAGUACAUUCAACCCGAAGACGCUCAUGUAUUAGGACAAGCUGAACUGGUCAUUAUUGACGAGGCCGCCGCCAUCCCUUUACCUCUCGUCAGAAAUCUCAUUGGACCUUACCUUGUUUUCCUUGCUUCCACGAUAAACGGAUACGAAGGAACUGGCCGCUCCCUUUCCCUCAAGCUCAUCCAGCAGCUACGUGAUUCCACCCGCCCGUCCAUCCCCACCACCUCCACUACCAAAGACGACGAACCCAAAAAGCACGUCCAAACGACGACCAAAGCCGCUCCCAAAGCCCUCAGAUCCCUCCGUGAAGUCAGCCUCACCACCCCCAUUCGAUAUUCCCAAGAUGAUGAAAUUGAAAAAUGGCUCAACACCCUUCUCUGCCUUGUUCCUACCCCAGCAUCGCCUACCCUCUCCUCCGGAUGUCCACAUCCAUCGACCUGCGACCUUUACUAUGUAAACCGGGACACCCUAUUCAGUUUCCAUCCUGCAUCGGAGGCUUUCCUCCAGCGUAUGAUGUCUCUCUAUGUGUCAAGUCACUACAAGAACCAGCCUAACGACCUUCAACUAAUGUCCGACGCACCCGCUCACCAUCUAUUUGUCCUUCUCCCCCCCAUCAGCGAUGCUAACGCGUCCGUCCUGCCUGAACCAUUGGUGGUCCUUCAGGUGGCUCUUGAAGGUUCAAUAUCUAAAGCAUCCAUCAUGGAAGGUUUAAGCCGAGGCUUGAGAUCGGGAGGUGACUUGAUACCGUGGCUAAUUGCAAACCAGUAUCAGGAGGGGCGGUUCGCAGAAAUGAGUGGAGCUCGAAUUGUGCGAGUUGCUACGUCACCCGAAGUUGCGAAUAUGGGCUAUGGUUCAAGAGCUCUGCAGGCACUCAAUUCAUACUAUAGUGGCGAGCUCUACAAUUUCGAUGACGCGGAGCGGCAAGAAGAGUAUCCUGAUAUCACUGCGAUUGAUGCCUCUACAUCCCUUGACACUGACACCCCCACUGUUCGUUCACCAAAAUCAAUGCCUCCUCUUCUACAACGACUACCGGAACGGAAACCCGAGAAUUUGGAUUACCUUGGCGUGAGCUACGGGAUGACUGGCCAGCUCCUGAGGUUCUGGAAGCGACUAGGCUUUGUACCGUUGUAUCUUCGCCAGACGGCUAGCGAUCUGACCGGGGAACAUACAUGCGUUAUGGUAAGAGGGCUCAACAGCUCUGCUGACAGUGAGCUGGAAUGGCUAGCCGAAUUCGCCGUCGAUUUCCGAUCGCGGCUACUUACCCUACUCUCAUUCCCAAAAUUCCGCGAGUUUGGAUGUGUGACAGCACUGAGCGUUUUGGAGGCUAUCAACACCUUCAGUGGCGUGAAGAACCUGGACAAGCAAGGCGGUGGCGUUAAAGCGCUUACCCCUGCGUUGCUACCAACAAAACUGACGCCUUUUGAUUUGAAACGAUUGGAGACAUAUGGCAAUAAUGUGUUGGAUUUCCAUGUCAUCAUGGAUCUGAUGCCUACGAUUUCCUCUCUUUACUUCCAGCGACGAUUGGAUAAGCGGUCGGAAACAGCCGAAGGCAAAAGCGAGGGGUCCGUGAAUUUGAGUGCAGCACAAAAUGCUAUCCUGUUGGGAAUGGGGAUACAGAGAAAGAGUGUCGAGGAUAUUGAGGCCGAACUUUCGCUACCAGUAUCGCAAGUCCUUGCUCUGCUCGUUAAGAUUGUACGAAAGAUUGCCAAGCGGCUCAUAGAUGUACAGAAAGAAGGUGUGACAGAAUCAAUGGGUCCGGAUAGAUCUUUGGAGGGUAUGUCUCGUACGUCUGGACCCGUUGUGGAAAUAACUGGGAACGCUCUCCAGUCGGUGGAAGAGGAACUUGAGGAAGCAGGAGAGCAGGAGAAGGAGGCCAUGAAGGCAAGGGAACGGCAGCGCGAAAUGAUCAAUGCCUUGGACCUAAAAAAAUAUGCUAUUGACGAUAGUGCGAUGGACUGGAGUGCUGCUGAGAGCCGGGUUGCUGCUGGCGGCGUCAAGGCUGGACAGACUAUCAUAAGUGUCAAGAAGAGCAACGGGGUUGCGGGACAGAAAAGAAAAGUAGACGAGGAUAUCGGUGGUGGCGAUGCAGGGAAGGAGAAGAAAACACGAAGAGGCUCGGGUAAGAAGGCAAAACACUAGCAUUAGCCGUACUGUAAUGAUCUCGGUGUUAUUGAUCUAUGUAUAUAGUAACGAUAUUGUAUCGUGAACUCGAGCCUUACAGGCUAGACUCGACUAAUCUAACCUUCGUGGUGGAUGCUAUAUUUUGCUAAUUCAUUUGUCGUCAUGCUUUUACUUCAAACCUGAAGUCAGUCAAACGGCUAUGGUCUGUCAACCGGUCAACUUGUUCACAGAAAGGAUUGCCAAUACCACACUUUGGAAACAGAUCAGAUACAUUACGUUCAGAGAUCACUAAAUCAGUGCCGAAUCGAGUCCUGCACGUCUCCUACCUGAGGAGCAUGCUUCAUAGAUCCGCAAUGCUCGUAGCUUGGACACCGUCAUGAAAGGUCAACAUAAUAUAAACAUUAACAGCACCA